UAUUUACUGUACAUAAAAAGGGUAAAAUAUUGUCAAUUUGUGAUUAUGAUAUUAAAAGUAGUCUGUUUAAAUUAGGUUCAUUGCUACAACUAGGACAACAUUGAGAAAUAAUACUAUUUAAUAUUUUAUUUGAAUAUAUAUUUUACACAUUAGGCGAUUAUUAGAAAUAAUAUUAAUACGUAUUUUUAUAUUGGCAUGUAAUUUUUUCAAAAUUGAUGUCAAUGUUAUUCGAUGCAAUGUAAUUUGAAGUGAGAACGUGCAUUAGUUCGGCUCAAAUUCAGUGUCCAAUGUCCAGUUGCCAGACAGGUCGACUGCCUGACGUUAAAACUCCGCAUAACAUGAAUUACACAGAGACAAGCCCAGAACUGUGUUCCUCACCCACCUGCAUUGAUCUGGAUUAUAUCCUACGAGGGUUGGAAUCGCUGUCUAAUUCCAUGGAUCAACUAGCAUUGCAAACCCAGCUCAGGCAAUGUGAUCUGAUCGUUUGUGUCAACCACCCUGACAAGCUGGGACACCUGAAAGUCCAGGAGGCACCUAAGCAGGCGCCGCGAGCUUCACCUGGAAACCAUCUGGAGACAGAAGGAUAAGUAGCGUGAGGGGAAACAAACAGCAGCUUCUGCUUCAUGUGUGUGUUUGUUCUUCAUACCAGCUUGGGAGGCCAACCUUGAAAUUUAUCAACUUGCCAGAGUUGGAAGAAGGUAUAGUAUUUAGGUAUGAAACUGGGCUCUACUGUGGUAUUCUUUUGAAAACACCGCCAUCUGCUGUUCAUUUUAUGAAAAUCCUUGGGUGCAUCUCGUUAAACUUAUUUGCAUUGUGACUUAUCUGUGCAGAAUGUUUGGAAAUUGCCACAUAUUUGUUAUAAAAGUUGCUCCCCUUGGUAAUCUCCAUACUAAGACAUAUACUAUGCAUUUGAAUGGAGUAUUUAAUCUUAAACAAAAAUCUUUAAAAAAACCAAAAAAAAGCAUAUAAAUGACAAUCAAGGUGUUAAAUUCCAGCUUUUUGUAUGGAUUGAUUCCAAUGAACAAUGUACUACCAAUGCAGAAAUAGUAGCUCAAUAUAAUUUAUUAUUUGUGUGAGGAAGUUUAAGACUAUAUUUGGAACAUUUUCAAAUGAGCUACAUUGACUUAAGGUUAAAAAAUAUAACUCUAUUUUAAAAGUAUAUCAUCAAGCAUGUUCAUUUUUUUGGGUGGAAAUUGAUAGUUUCAAAUGAUGGCCAGCGAUAUACUUGGUGUGUAAAUAAUAAACUGUGCGAAUAUUAAAUGAGCUGAAAGGGAUGAACCUCUUUUUAGAGAUGGAAUUGACUGUUGGGAAACGUAAGCUCUUCCAUUACCAAGACAGCGUAAAGGGCUUGAUUUAGAAAAUCUGUAGCCAAAAGUCUCGCACUGCCAUCUUUUGGUCAUAGUGGGUAAUGUCCAUUUUUUUAAACAACUCUACAAUCUGCAGUGGGCUUUCUCUGUGUGAUGGUUGAAAUCAAGUUCAUAGUGAAAUUUUGUGAACCACAUUGUAUUGUUUUGUGUGUGUGUGUAACAGUUAAGUGAAGUUAAUCUUUUGCUCGCCUCUAGUAUGUUUAUUAUUAAUGUU